AGUCCGAUCCAACGGUGAAUACCGAUUCAACCUCUCUAUAUAGAAAUAGCCCGAAAAUAUCUCAUAAACCCUCGUUAUCAGCUGCAAAAGCCAAAAAACCCUCGUCGUCUAGGGUUUUAUUCAUCCACCGACGCUCACAAACAUCAGAGCACAGAGGUUACAAGGUACAAUCAUGGCUUUCUUAAGUAGAGUUGGUAGUAUGCUAAGGCAGAGUGUGAGUAAGCACAUCCACAUCAACCAUGAAAUGUCAGUGGCAAGCCCAUCUAUGUUUCAAAUGAUAAGAUGCAUGUCAAGUGAUGCGAGCUCAAAGGUCUUUGUGGGAGGAUUGGCAUGGGCUACAGAUGAUAUGAGCUUGAGAGAAGCUUUUAGCGCGUAUGGGGAAGUCUAUGAAGCACGAGUAAUUGUGGAUCGGGAAACCGGCAGGUCCCGAGGUUUUGGCUUUGUUACUUUUGCAGACACUGAGGCUGCUUCUGCUGCAAUCCAAGCGAUGGAUCAAAGGGAGUUGCAUGGUAGAUUGGUGAGAGUGAACUAUGCAAAUGAGAGACCACAAGGUGGUGGUGGUUUCCGGGGAGGUGGUGGCUAUGGUGGAGGCGGUGGUUACGGUGGCGGUGGCGGUUAUGGUGGCGGUGGCGGCUAUGGUGGUGGUGGUUAUGGUGGAAACGAUGGUGGAAACAGUUAUCGUAGUGCUAGUGGUGGUUUUGGCGGAGAAAGCCAAAGCUUUGGUGGUGGUGACAGCUUUGGUAAUGAUAAUGCUGAUCCCGGAAACACUUUCGGUGAUGCUGAUGGUCAAGUAGGUGGAAGCUACAGGGACCAUGAUGAGCCUGAUGACUUUGCAAAACGGGCUUGACCCAUGAACCCGAGUUUGUUUCAACUGGACUGUUAUUUGCAACUUUCUAUAAUCAGUUAUUUUCAAGUGUUCUUUUUCUGGAUGUUGAAUAUGCAAUAUGUGAAACUUUUUAAUCCUUACAGUCUCAAGCGGUUAAGACUUCAUCCAUGCUUGUGAGACCAAUUAGUGUUCUUGGAUUAAUAGGAUAAAAGGAUUGAUUCAUGUCUUAGCAUCAACAUUUUGUUAAGAUCUUGCUUUUCGACA